ACCUUGUAGCCGCUGACGACCUUUACGAACGCCACGUUGACGAUGACGACGUUGAGUUCCUCGAUGCGGACGAGGUUGAGGACGACGAUGAAGAUGACCUUGAAGAGCGCGACUUUGACGACGAGGAGGAGUUCGAGGGUGAUGAAGAUGACGAGGAAGGCACCUUCCUUGAACGCCGGAAGGCUAAAGCCGUCAAGGCACCUAAGAUCGCAGCUCCGAAGCUACCCAAGGUAGCUGCACCGAAGGCACCUAAGGUCGCCGCGCCGAAGGCCGCGAAGCCGGUGAAGGCCCCCCCUCCGGUAAAGGCUCCUCCCCCCGUUAAGGCUCCCCCGCCCGUUAAGGCCCCUCCCCCGGUCAAGGCUCCGCCUGCCAAGACAACCAAGGCGGCUGCUAAGACAACUAAGGCGGUUGCUAAGACAACUAAGGCGGCUGCUAAGACCACGAAGGCAGCAGCGAAGACCACGAAGGCAGCGGCCUCUAAGACUACUUCCACCAAGUCGACCUCAACUGCCGGGGCCGCUUGCUCUGCCACGGCCAAGCCGAAGACGAAGAAGCCCUUCUUCGCCCGUGCGUCUGACUACGUGGCGCACCUCUUCGAGCGCGACUCCCAAGAGUUCAUUGGCUGGCACGGCACCAACAGCGACACGGCCGCCUUCUGGGCGCAGAAGGGCCAACUCGAGAAGCCGGUCAAGGCUGACGGCCUGUUCGACUUCAUCGGCCUCGGGCCCAAGUCCUCUUCAGGCACGAGUGGUGCCGAUGCUGAAAUUGGCCCUGGUGUGUACGUCACAGACGACCAAGACAUUGCGAUCGCGUUCGCGAACAACAACGCGAAGGUGAACCCCGGCACUACAGCCCAGCUCUGCGCGGUCUUCGCCAAGUCGUCCGCCAACUGGCGCACCGCGAUUCGCAAGGCGUUCAUACCUGAGAACCUUGUCGGCGAUUCGUCGAACGCGGCCAAGAAAGCGCAGCUCGAGAAUGCCCGUCUCGCACAUGUCAAGCAGGCCGUCCCGGGCGUGAGCGCGCCGAGCGUGGUCAAGUUCUCGCUCCUCAACCGCAUCACCAAGACCGGCCAGCUCGUCCUUCCGGCCACGAUCACGAACCAGUUCACGGCGCAGUGCUUCAAGGCUGACGGCGGCGCGGCGGCCCCGGGCACGAACAAAUUCCCGGCGUUCAGCUACAACGGCAACACUCUUCGCACGGAAUGGAACAUAGCUGCUGAGAACGCAGGACAGUGCUCAUAAAUGGUCAGGGGUGUACGAUGCGGUAACAGUGAAGUGAAAUGUACCAUAACCGAGCCAGCUGUAGAGAGUUCGUCCAUCCAUGGACUAUACUGCAUCACAACUCUCAUUGAACGAAGAUCUUUUACCUCC